AUGGUGUUUCAGUGUUGGACCUCUGCUUCUAACCUGGCAAGUCCAAACCUCAGUACCGUCCUUUCAGAUUCCAGAUCUUACCCUCUUACUCGUUUUAGAAAACCCAGAAGACCAACCAAACUCACUUGCCUCCUUAAGCUUGGAGUUGAGGAUAUUGCAGAUAUAGUCCACAACAAGGUACUGCUAGCAGCAGGUGCAUCAGCAGCCAUUGGUCAACUCUCAAAGCCAUUCACUUCUAUACUUUUAUACGGCAAAGAUUUUGACUUCAAGACUGCUUUCCAACCUGGUGGAUUUCCUUCGACCCAUUCUUCUUCAGUGGUGGCUGCCGCUACAUCUCUUGCCCUUGAAAGGGGCUUCUCCGAUUCGAUUUUUGGCCUCACUGUGGUUUAUGCUGGCCUUGUCAUGUAUGAUGCUCAGGUUACGGAAGUCUCAGCUCAAGCUCUAACUGGAGUGGGACGAGGGAGCACCAAAUGUGAUGAUGGGUUGAGAUCAGACUUAGAAAUCUUGUUCUGCUGUCCAGAUUCGGAGAAGGGGGUGAGAAGAGAAGUUGGAAAUCAUGCGAAAGAACUAAACAAAGUGCUAUCCAAGACUGAAGUUAACUCAAUGGUUUCCAGUCUAAAUGAGUCUCAGCAAGCAACUGAAGAAAAGCUUGGUCCCCUUUUAUCCAAAGGAGGAAGGCCUUUUUUGCCAAAUUCAACGAACUCUCCUAUAUUACUUGAAACAGAGAGUAAAACAACACAAACAAGUCAGAUUCCGGUAUCUUCCAGUUUAGCAGGUACUGAAGAAGCAAGAGAAAAGGUCCCGUAUAGUUCAGCAUCUCCUCUGAAAGAAUCAAUUGGUCACACAGAGGUUGAAGUCAUAGCUGGGGCUUUGUUAGGUUUCUUUGUGAGUUUGAUCCUAACGUCAACAGCAAGGCUGGUGGUGCCGAGUCAUAAUAUUGCAGGCAGCCACGCAGCAGAACAGAUUGGCAUAUUUGAUGGGAUUAGUGGCAUGUAA